UUCUCGCGUGGCGCUUGAUAUAACCAUAGUGCCAUGCUAAAGGCAAAUUGCGAGAACUUCAGCUUAUAUAUACAGCACUGCAUGCACCCUGCUCUCUACAGCAGAUAAAAUCCAAAUGUGAAAUAAAAGCCCCAUUCCAAUCAGUUAAAUAAGCAUAGCAUAAUGCAACGAUUUAUCCUUCGCCCAACCCCCCUCUUCCGCAGUUCUCCAAACCCCUCCACUGCCUGGACUGCGUGCCGAUUCGCAACCGCAUCCCACCAUCCCAAUCCCGGCAACUUUUCCAAUCGCCCCAGAGAACAACUGUCUGAAGCCGGCCGCAAAGGUGGUAAGAAGGGUGGAAAAGCGCGCGGCGUUGGCGGAUUCCACAAUAUGGAUCCGGAGAAACAGCAUGAAAUAGCUUCUCGCGGAGGACAUGCCUCCAGGAAGGCAGCCAAGCAACAAUAUCAAGUCCCGGAAGAAGAACCGGUUGAUCCAGCUACGGCACCUCCGGGGUUUGAACGGUCUGCUUCUGCGUAGUUAGUUGACUACUUUAUGUCGUCUGUAUAUUAGCAUAAUAUUGGAUAAUUAACGGUG